AUGAGAGUUAAAAAACCAACUUCUAAAAGAGUUACUACUCGUAUGAGAGAAGGUAUUAAAAAGAAAGCUGCUGCAAAAAGAAGAAAAGAUAAAAAAUUAUCAAAAAAAGAUGUAACUUGGAAAAGUAGAGUUAGAAAAGAUCCUGGUAUUCCUGCUAGUUUUCCAUAUAAAGAUAAAAUUAUACAAGAAUUAGAAGAAAGUCGAAGAGUUGAAAAGGAAAAGAAAGAAUUAUUAAAAUUACAAAAACAACAAGAUUUACAAAAUAAUAUAGAGGAUGAGGAUGAAGAUGAAAUUAUAGAAGAUGCUGAAGAGGAAGAAGAAGAAGAUGAUGAUGAAGGAAACGGUAUGGCAGCUUUAUUAGAAUCUGCACAACAAGCAGCAAAAGAUUAUGAUGGAGAAACCUCGAAUGAAGACAAUGAUGAUGUUAUGGAAGAAGAUAUAGAAUAUGAAAUUAGCGAAGAUGAUGGUGAUGAUGAAGAAGAUGAAGUAUUAGACGGAGUUGAAAAAUCAAGAAAAUCUUAUGAUAAAAUAUUUAAAAAUGUUGUUGAUGCUUCAGAUGUUAUUUUAUAUGUUUUAGAUGCGAGAGAUCCAGAAGCAACAAGAUCAAAAAAAGUUGAGGAAGCAAUUUUACAAAAUCCAAAUAAAAGAUUAAUAUUAAUAUUAAACAAAGUUGAUUUAAUACCCACUCAUGUUUUAAAUCAAUGGCUUGAUUUUUUAAAAUCUUCAUUUCCAACUGUUCCAAUUAAAGCAUCUCCAGGUUCAACUAAUUCCACAUCAUAUAAUAAAAAAUUAACUUCUUCAUUAACUGCUGAUUCAUUAUUAAAAGGUUUGAAAAGUUAUGCAAAUAAAUCAAAUUUAAAACGUUCCAUUAUUGUUGGUGUUAUUGGUUAUCCAAAUGUUGGAAAAUCUUCAAUAAUUAAUGCAUUAACAAAUAGACAUGGAAAUAAUUCAAAAGCUUGUCCAGUAGGUAAUCAAGCGGGUGUUACUACAUCAAUGAGGGAAAUAAAAAUUGAUAAUAAAUUAAAAAUUUUAGAUUCUCCUGGUAUAGUAUUCCCAGAUGAAAUAUCAAAUAAAAAACAUUCAAAAUCACAACAGUUAGCUAAAUUGACUUUAUUAUCAGCAGUACCUCCUAAAAAUAUAAAAGAUCCAUUACCUGCUGUUCAAAUGUUGUUAAAAUUUUUUGCUAAAGAUAAUGAAAUGGCUGAUGGUUUAAAACAAUAUUAUCAAUUACCACCAAUACCCUCAUCUGAUCUUAAUGAAUUUUCAAAAUAUUUUUUAAUUCAUGUUGCUAGAACUAAAGGAAGAUUAGGUAAAGGAGGUGUACCAAAUAUAGAAUCAGCUGCCGUGUCAAUUUUAAAUGAUUGGAGAGAUGGUAGAAUUUUAGGUUGGCAUUUACCUAAAUCUUCAAAGAAAACUGAUGUUGAUAUUGAUUUAGAUGCACCAAAAAGUUCGUUAAGAGGUGAAAAAGAACCACCUAAAGUUGAACAAACUACAAUUGUUUCAACUUGGGCUAAAGAGUUUGAUCUUGAUGGUCUUUUAAAUGAUAAUUUUGGUAUAAAUUGA